AUGCCGUCGCAAUCCGAUGACAAGCGCCAGGCUGCUCGCGAGGUCGUCGACAUUCUUCACGAGAUCUCAACGCUCCUAAACACGCAUCUAGACCGAACAGAGCUCUCACUGUGUGUCUCACUUAUUGAGAAUGGAGUCAACCCCGAUGCCUUAGCAGCUGUGAUCAAGGAUCUCAGGAAAGAAGCCCCGGCGGCUUAUCCUAAUGACCAGGGUCUGCCUGAGUGA